AUGGCUGAUCAACACUUACAUCGCUACAACCGCGCUACCUUCCCACACCCAACCUCCGGCCGCCCCGCAGCAUAUGUAGCACCGCCCCCGCGCGGUCCUGAUGUCUGGGAGCCUGCACGCCAUCGAGGAGAGAUCGAUGUCCAUGAUUGGCAGGAGGCGAUGGUAUAUUAUUGCAGGCGCAUGGGGUUUCGUCGAAAACAGCUUGUUGCGAGUCUUGGACGAUUCAUGCUCAAUCACGAGUUCCACGACAUGACCAUCGUAUGCGGGAAUCGGAAUGUGGAAUUCCCAUGCCACAAGGCGAUUGUGUAUGCGCAGUCGAAGAAGAUCCGGUCGAUGUGUAGGGAGGCUGAUGUGGGCGAGCAAAACCCCGUGGUCAGAAUCAUAUGCCAUCCGCUCCCUUUCCGUCUGACAAUGGAGUAUCUCUAUACGUGCGACUAUCAUUUCUUUUACAAGUGGGACUUUCCAUCUCAUUUCCAGGCCCAGGGCCAGACGAUUCCGGUGGAUUAUGUUGAUCGCCUGGACUGCUGCGAACUCUCCCUGCACCUCCAAAUCCACCUCCUCGCAAUCCGCCUCCGCAUCCCUGGCCUCAAGUAUCUCUCCGCAAACAACAUGAUUCAAACCCUAGGUCGAUCCGCAUUCCCAACUGUCUUCCCGCGGUUCGUGCGUGAGGUGUACGCUAUUGUAAAGAAGCAGAACGCGCUCAUCAAGCGACUCCUUGUCAAGUACACCGUUGGCGUUGUCGGUGGACGGAACCCGAGGAACCACUAUGAGGGACGAUUUCCGGGGUACAUCUUCCGUGAGAUCCCAGAGUUUGCGCGAGACUUUUGGUAUGGUAGGAUUGGGUAUCCGGGGACGAAUGCUCUGGAUAUUGAGACUGGGAUGCAUAUAGCUGAGACGCAGUGGGAGUGCUGA